ACAUCAUAAUUACAGACAAGAAAUUAAUUUAAGCCUGCGAUUUUAGAAAGGAUAUGAAGAGGAUGACAUCACACAUACUUGUCGGAAGCUGAAUAAUUGUUGAAUCCAGCCAACCUUAAAUGUGAAAUGAACAGUGGGAGGAAGCCAGAGUACCCGGAGGGAACCCAUACAAACACCAAAUGGGGAGAAGAUGCAAACUCCACACAGAAAGACCCCGGCCUGAUGGUGGAAUUGAACUCAGGACCUUCUUGCUGUGCGGCAACAGUGCUAAUCACCGUGCCACCGUGCUAUUCGUACCAAAGUAUGAAAUCUCAUUCUUAACAGGAACAUUAAUAUCUGAACAAUAUUUAAUUUGCAUUAAUUCACAUUUAUUGGUGUUAAGAAGGAGACCUGAUGCUGUUGAAAGUACAUGAAUGGUUUUAAUUGCUAAUGAAAUUUGAGUGGCCCCCAGCGAGGCCCCGGGGCAGACCAGGACACGCUGGAGAGAUUGUAUCUGUCGGCUGGCCUGGGAAUGCCUUGGCGUUCCCCCAGACAAGCUGAAGGAGGUGGGGGUCUGGACGCAGCCUAAGCUUCUCUGCUUAGGCUGCUGUCCCCGCGACCCAGAUAAGCGGAAGAAGAUGGAUGGAUGAAAUUUGGGUGUCAUCAUUUAAAAAUAAACUUGCAUCGUCUGCCAAGCCUGUGCACGUAUGCAGCACGCUGCUCUGAACAGACAGCACCACAUGAGAUCACACGCAGCUUUAGUUUGUACAGCACAAAGCACAGCAGCUGGAAACAGCUGCAGAAACCACAGCAAACCCAAAAGAAGCAUUUUCAGAGACAGUCCUGCACUGAGUUCGUUACCGUGGAAACGACCCCUGAACUGGAAAAUCAAAGUGCAGAAGUUAAAGGUUGGAGCCGAGUCCUGCAGGUUUCGGUGCACUGUCAGCAGGGGGCGCACUCACUUAUCCAGGUAAUCUGUUUCACUGACAGAUCAGGCAGCACCUGAACAUGACACUCUGACCUUCAUCACGCUUUACUCCUCCUCUUCCUCCUCCUCUCUGACCUUCAUCACAGACUCAGUUACAUGAUGGAAAAUAACACCUGAUCUGACUCACACACACACUUUACUCCGCCCACUGCUUCACCUGGAGAACAGGUAUCAGUUACCGAUGCCUUCAAGAGCCUCUGGAAAUCAAACAGUCAGCAUUAAAGGAAGCUCUCAGACAUAUUUCAGCCCACUGUCUCUCCACCUUUCGGGAGAUGCCUGCCUUUACUUCAGCGUGAUGGAGCUGACUCCCAAAAAUAAAUACUGAAACCUCAGCAGCUCCAUCAGGAGGUCAGGGCAAACAGUUUUAUGUAGGAACUACGCCGUCUCACUGUCUAUCUGCUGUACCAGGUGACAGGCGGAAACGCUGACUUGUGUUUUUAAUCUAAACGAAUGAGCGGAGAUCAGAUGAGAGAGAUUCAGGUAGCUCUCUGCGGCCGGGGAAGCUCACAUUUCCAAAGGAACAUGAAGGCAGCACGCUGCAGGGCCUCAAAGGUGGUGCGCGAAGACAGAUGACUCCCUCCGCUCUGAUUCCUGCAGCUCGUCUCAGGCAGGAGGAGGAAGACAGACAGCCAAUCACAUCUUAGUUACCAUUGAGAGUUCACCCCGCCACACGCAUCGGAUGCCAGCUGUAUAAGUGUGCGUGUUUGUGUGUUUACCUCUUUUUGUUGGUUUAUAGCUUCUCGGUGUCUUUGUGUCCGUGUAAAGGUCGUAUUUGUGCAUCUCCUGUUGGUGUUUCUGUCCUCCAUCUCAUUGGUGAACCUUCCACCUGGACUCCUUCAACUGUGGCUUCACCUGUCCAGCAGGUGCUCAAUAGGCCCCGCCCUUGCCGAGCCUUGUGGGUAUUGUAGUGUUUGAGCAGCAGAGUGGGACCUCUUGCUCUCCGUCCUAUCUGUGUGCUGGGGCAGAUAAAAGCCGCAUCAUCAGCCGCUGCCGCUCACAUCCCCCCCGCCGGGACAGCAGCUACCUGUUGGUGGUGUGAGGGCGGCGCGCAGGCGCAGUGAGGUGCAAAGGUCGGUGGGCAGCUGAUCGGAGAUGCCGGUGCAAAUCCCGGACGACUCGGACUUCUGUUCGUUCAGAGAGCAGUGCCUGAGCACGGAGGACUGGACCAGCCGCUACAGCAAGGGAGGAGUGACGGUGUGGGGGCGCGAGGAGGACAGCAGCGCCGUGCAGAAGCUCAAGAUGAGGAUAGUCUGUAAGGACGUGACAGCAGAGACAUUGUACGACGUCCUCCAUGACACCAGCUACCGGAAGAAGUGGGACACCAACAUGAUCGAUACGUAUGACAUCGGCAGGCUGACGGUCAACGCAGACGUGGGAUAUUACUCCUGGAAAUGCCCGAGCCCGCUGAAAAACAGAGACUUUGUGACGAUGAGAUCUUGGCUUCCACUUGGCAACGACUACAUGAUCAUCAACUACUCGGUCAAACACCCGAAAUAUCCUCCAAAGAAGGACUACGUCCGAGCCGUCUCUCUGCUCACGGGGUACCUGAUCCAGUCCAACGGAGCCACCAGCUCCACCCUCUACUACCUGACUCAGGUGGACCCCAGAGGUUCUUUACCAAAGUGGGUGGUGAACAGGGUGUCCCAGUUUGUAGCUCCAAAGGCUAUGAGGAAGAUCUACAAGGCUUCUGUAAAGUACCCAGAGUGGAAGAGGAAACACAACCCGGGCCUGAAGCCAUGGAUGUUCCCAGAGCAGAACACGCUGCCGUGCAUCAGCGUGUCGGAGCUGACGGUGCAGCGAGCUGACUCUCUGGAGAACAUCGAUGAGAGCGGCUUGAGCGAGGAGAAGACACAGCAGAGUGACGACGAGGAGCCGUAAAGAUGGCGGACUCUGUCUGGUUUACUGUUUGUUGGUUUGUUUGAUCAGGUAAACUCAUGCUGGACACCUUUCUGAAUGCAGCUGCGCUCACUUUGCUGGAUCUCACAAACCUUUUUUCACAACUUUCUGAAAACCUUCUGUCAGCUCACAGUAAUCGGACGGAAUCGGUUUCAUGGCAGCUACAAACAUGAGACCACCCUCACAGCUGUUUCCAGGUGUUCUGAGAAGGCCUCUGCUCACGUUGAAGGUGGCUGGAGUUUCAUCUAAUCUUUCCUUGAAUUGUAUUUGUGUUGCAGUGAGACAAAGAGCGUGCAGCAGAAACUCGUCUGUGAAUCUACUUCCUGCAGUCUGUUUAGAAGCUAAUGACAAUCAGUGUUAGCCUCCUAACAACAUCCACUUCCUGGUCAGGUGGGGGUUUGGUUCAGGUGGGUGUGGAUUUCUAAAUCUUUACCCCACUCAUAGAGAGUUUCUAACAGAACAACUGUGCAAUGUCUGUAAGAGUUGAUCAGAAAGGUGAAAGCUCUGUUUUCAUCAUGUGGGUAAAAAAGUAACCAAACUAUAACCACGGUUCUGAGAGGGUCGCUGUGUCCUGGUGGAUGUUCAGAGUGUAAAUAAUAAUAGUAAUGAUGUGUUGAUUUUGUCGGGGCUCUGUGCUGAAUAUUUAAAGUCUGUAAUCUGUGUGGGACAGAAGCCACGUGAAUCUUCUGCAGGUUCUCAGAUUUGUUUUCCUGGAUGUUUAACCUGAGCAAUAAA